AUGGAGCUUUUAUUAUCAGGCUACGCGGCAACUGAAAAUGAAUCGAGCAAUGUAGUCGCUCAUAACUUGCAUACUGGGACUUCGUUUCGUACGUUUCGCCAAAGUACGCCAUUUCCACAAGCGGCUUGCUCUACUAAAACACAUUUGUUAUCCUUUCAAAGACGUAGGCCACAAUUAAAUGUACAUGGAUUUGGAAAGGAAAAUUUGGAUCAGACUAUUAUCCUCCCAGAAACGAUUAUCUCUUCUGCCGUCAGCCCAUGCGACUCUUGGUUAGUAGGUGGUACUGAGAAAGGCAGCCUUUACAUUUGGUCGGUGCUUUCCGGAGCUUUGAUCCACGCUUUUCGUGCUCAUUACCAACCUUUAACUCAUGUUUCUAUUUCUAACGAUGGAAUGUUGGUUUACACAGCUUCAAACGAUGGAGACAUUAAUAUAUGGUUAAUGUCUUCAUUGGCGGAUCGGUCAAAUAUGGCGGGUGUUACAGGAGGCUCUGCAAUUAAACCUUUUCAGAGCCUUUCUGGACAUAAGCGGGCUAUUGUCUCUUUAAUCAAUGGACCUGGUCCUUCCAUAUCCAGCCGUCUUUACACAGCUAGUGAAGACAGCACAGUUCGUGUUUGGGAUGUUAGUACCGGUAACCUUUUGACUACAGUCGCUCUCAAUAGCAUGCCUUCCUGUAUGACGAUUGAUCCCGCAGAACGUAUAAUAUAUGUCGGUAACGAGAAGGGCCUUGUUUGGAUUCCCUUAUACACAAGUUCAACUGCUCUUUCUGAGAAUAACUCUAAUGUCUCGAAGAAUACUACUAUUCCAUCCUCUGUUCCCUCGGCAAUAGGUGGAUUGGGCAGAGUAGUGGAUGUUAAUGAAAGUAAGGAUGCCCAUACAGUGACUAGUACUUCCCCCAUUACAACAAUUACUUUAUCAUUCGAUGCUUCCUUAAUUAUCACUGGCGACAAAGAUGGUGUUGUUUUAGUUUGGGAUGUUGUAUCCCGUCAAGUUUUGAGACGUCUAAUUCAAUAUUCCUCUCCGGUUACAUUCUUGAAGUGUUUGAUUGAUAAAGUAAAUUAUAUUCCUACUGCUCAAAGCGUGUUUCCUGUCUUAAAACGCAUGAUCACGGACGACUACCUAUAUUCGGAUGUGAAUAUGAUGAUCCAUGAUGAUGGUAUAGAAGAGUUAAUGCAAGCACCUGAUACACUAUGUCUCAGUUCUGAAUUAAUGACUCAUAAUACAGAAUCUGGGUGGCGCGCGAAAGCAGAAUCUACGGAGAUGGAACUCAAAGAAACCAGAAGGCUGUUUAUAGAAUUAAGAGGUGUACAUCAGGCGUUAUGGGAAAAGUAUCUUCAGAAGUAA